AUGGCCGAUGACCAAGACCUUUCGGAGGUGGAGAUGAGCCCGGUGGGUUCUGAAGACCACCACUGCCUCUCUCCAGGACCCUCCAUGGCGUCGGACAACUCCCCGCACCUCACGGGCUCUGGGAACGGGGAGAUGGGGAAGGUCAAGAAGGAACAGCAAGACUCGGAGGCAGACGACGACAAGUUCCCGGUGUGCAUCCGCGAGGCGGUCAGCCAGGUGCUGAGCGGCUACGACUGGACCCUGGUGCCCAUGCCCGUCCGGGUCAAUGGGAGUAACAAGAGCAAACCCCACGUCAAGAGGCCCAUGAACGCCUUCAUGGUCUGGGCACAGGCUGCCCGGAGGAAACUGGCUGACCAGUACCCACACCUCCACAACGCCGAGCUCAGCAAGACCCUGGGGAAGCUCUGGAGGCUGCUGAACGAGAGCGACAAGCGGCCCUUUAUCGAAGAGGCCGAGAGGCUGAGGAUGCAGCACAAGAAGGAUCACCCCGAUUACAAGUACCAGCCCCGCCGGCGGAAAAACGGGAAGGCGGCGCAGGGCGAGGGCGAGGGGCAGGUGGAGGGGGAGGCCGGAGGGGCUGCUGCCAUCCAGGCUCACUACAAGAACGCCCACUUGGACCACAGACACCCCGGUGAAGGCUCGCCCAUGUCCGACGGUCAUCCAGAGCACGCCUCGGGUCAGAGCCACGGGCCCCCCACCCCUCCUACCACCCCGAAGACCGAGCUGCAGGCGGGCAAA